AUGCACGGCGCGCUGCUCCUUGCUGCCGCGUGCACCGCUGCACCCACCCUUGACCACGGCUCGAGCCGCGCCAACAUCCUCGACCUCUUUGCGCAUUCGCGCGACACGGCGCGUGUGGCUGCGCUCACUGGCCUCACGCGGCGGCGCGUGCAGCAAGUCGUGGCUGCGGCUGGCCUCUCGGGCCGCGAGCGGCUGCUUCCGCUUCACCCACGCUUCAACGACAUCGUGAACUUCGAGGUAACGCGCCACGGCGCGAAUUACGGCUACAAGAUGCUGCUCGGAGUGCUGAAAGCGCACCACCCCGACUGGCGCUGGCCGCGCGAGGCGGUGCAGGCGGCGCUGCGCGCAGUUGACCCUGCGGCGAGCGACGCCCGCCGGUCUUGGUGCUACCGCAGGAUUCAACGCGGCGCCUACCACGCGCCGUACUUCAUGUACUCCACGCACAUUGAUUUGGCGUGCAAGCUGCAGGAGUACCGCAUCUUUGUCGCAGUAGCGAUCGAUGGGCGCACUCGCUUUGUGCACUCACUGACAGCGCUUAUGAACAAGCUGCCCGUCACGGUGUACGAGGAGUUUGUCGCGCCUUUCCUAGCAGCCGACGCGCUGCCCGACCAGAUCGUCACUGACAAAGGGCGGGAGUGGUACGUGGCCGCCUUUGUCUGCCUGCUGCUCGCGCGCAGGGCUGGGCGCGCGGGCGGGCGCGCCGCGCACCGCUUUGUGCCGUCCACCCGCAACACACCAGUCGAGCGCUUCAACCGCGAGGUGAACAUGCGCGUGUUGGUGCACUUCCGUCGCCUCAUCAACUUUAUGGAAGAGAAUGACCUCCUCGACAAGAACGACGCGCAGGAGGUGCACGCCUUCUCGUCGGUGGCCACGCCCCUUGUGCAGGCCGGACUAGACCUGCUCAAGGCGUCGUGGAACCAGCACUCCAUCGCCGGGCGCACCGGAUGCCCCGGCACCGGCGGCAUCCCCGCCCAGCGCGCAGCGCGAGAUCCGCACCCAGGCGGGCAGCUUGUUCUCCCGCCGAACUUCGACGGCGAGACGGCGGCGAGGGUGGCGACGGUCACGAUGAAGGUGGCUGACGAAAUGGAUGACGCCAUCGCGCAACAUGACAUCCUCGAUGUCGUCGUCCUCGAGCCGGCAGACGAAGCGAUGGGCUGCGGCACGAGCAAGCCGGGCCUGACCUACGAGGAGAAGCUGGAGCUGUGGCGCAAGUGGGGCGGCGGCGACCUGGAGCGUGUCCUCGCGAGCGGCGCCGUCGCCCUCCUCGACGCGCAGUGGAUCAUCCGCCACGCCGAGGCGGGCGGCGUCCUCACCCACCGCCAGGCGCUGCCCGAAGAGGCCUUCCUCUCUUUCGCCGACCUCGUCGAGGCGACCAUCGGGUAUGCGGAGUGGCUUCCCGUCGCCGCGCUCUCCUACCCGUGGCUGACCAAGGACCACCCCGACCCGCGCGGAGCCAACCUCGCCCGCGUCGCGAGGGCGCUCAAGGCCCUGCUCAGCCAUCCGUACAUCACGCGGCUCGGCGUCUUUUGGGACUUCGGCUCGCUCCACCAGCACCCCGACCCCCCCAACGGCGUCCUGCGCACUGACGAGCAGAACGCGCUCUUCAAGGAGGGGCUGGGCUGCCUCGGCACGCUCUACUCCCACCAGCACACUUGGGUGCUGCGGCUGACCUCCUUCCCGGACGGCCACAAGGCGGAGGAUCAGGCCGAGGGCACCAACGUGGCCAAGUACUUUGACCGCGGCUGGUGCUACACGGAGUGCAGCUGGGCGGGCCUGACAAAGGCUGGCCACCUCUCGCUCGACCUCGGCAAGAUGCGCGCCGGCGUGGAGUACAGCUACGGCAGCCUCGUCGACGACUGCACCGAGGACGGCGGCCGGCGCCCUCCGCUGCUGCCGUCUGCGUUCGCGGCGGAGCUGGAGACGAAGAGCUUCACCAACGGCAAGGACGACAAGCCGCUGGUGAAGCGGCUGUACGAGGCCGCCUUCGAGGAGCAGUUUGGAAAGGCGACCAAGCUGGUCUACGCCGGCCUCGGCUGGGGCGACGCGGAGGCGGCGAAGCUGGCGGAGUACCUCGAGGUGGACAACACGGAGCAGCCUGAGCUGGUGGCCGUGUGCGAGGAGCGCGGCAUCAUCCUCUACUGA